AUGGCAGCGACCAAGAACGAAGUCCCCAAGUCCUCAGCAUGGCUGCUGGAGAAAGCCCAGAAUGCUGCGAAGGCGUCUGGUACCGGACCAGAAGCCGUCGCGAGGAUCCUACAAAAGACGAAGGAGCAGAAGGAAGCCAACAACGAGGAGCACAAGAGGAGGAUGAGUCUUCUCAGCAAGAAAAUGACGGAGCUGGGAGCGAAGCAUCAAAUGAACCCGUUCAAGAAUGCGGAGCAACCUGUCGCGGCGGACACCAUCGCCGUCACGCCCAAGAUCAUCAAGCCAGCGCAGCAGGGUUUAAAGCGUAAGCUUCCAACAUCUCCCGGUGCGAAGCCCGUCGAUCCGCCCGCUAAGAAAGCGAAGGUUCAAGACAGUCUCCAGCCUCGAGUUCAAGACAAGUCCAAGGCGAAGGAAGCCGUCUCCCAGAAGCCAAAAGACGACACCUCUAAUAAAGCAAAAGAGGGUGCUACAGAGCCGAGCAAGUCGAAGGUCCAAGUCCAGAUUCAAAAGAAGCCGCAGUCGAACGCCGACACGCAUAAAAAGCUAAAGGUUAAUACAAAGGAGCUGGGCAAGGCGCCGUCUAAGUCUGCGACUCCGACCCCGACUCAGAAGAAGCCACAGGAGAAGGAGACGAAUGAGCAGAUCGAUGUUCAGAGCUUGUGGAAGAUGAGGAAGCAGAGGGAGCCUCUGAAAGGCGAGAAGAAGGACCCUCUUGAGGACGAGCCAAAGAGUGCGACGUUUGCAGAAUCGUCGACUGCAGGCGCUUCACGGGAGCGGACGGCUGCUACAACUUCAAGGGCUGCAACGCCAGCAACACCGGCAACGCCAACAAACAACGCAGACUCGGAAAUCGUGCCGUCAAACGACCUCUUUGUCUCAGACGAUCCGGAAGACAAGUAUCCUAUUGCAAAGUCCCUCCCAGCAUGGUACACCUCCAUCACCAUCAAAGACCCGCGCAUGGAAGCCAUGACCAAAAAACGUCCCCUCGCCCUCGUUACCCUCCAAUCUCUCAAAGCCGCCCUAACCGACAGCGAGAAGCCCGGAAAAACCCCCUCAGAACUCGAAGCCCUCUACGACAAAAUCCGCGACCUAAUCCACAAAGCCGAAAUCGACCUACAAGUCAACACCGUCCUCCUCCGCAAAGCCAUGACCCUAAGCCCGGACUACGGUCUACCCCGCAUCUUCAAACCAGGCACAAAGUUCCCAUGGGAUCUAAAGGCGGACGCGUAUCAGUUGUAUAAGAGAUGGUAUAAGAACGAUUUGAAUCAGGAUAUACUGAGGGGAAUUGUGCCGCAUAAAGGAGAUAAUAGGACGAGUGAUCGUCUGGAUGAUACGUAUCGUGCCAAGUUUCCUACGACGGCGAAGUAUUAUGGGGAGGGCGAGUUGGUGCUCGGGCAGUGGUGGCCUACGCAGCUUUGUACUGUGCGCGAUGGGGCGCAUGGAUCUGCCCAAGGGGGGAUUUACGGGGAGCGCGAUAAAGGCGCUUACUCCAUCGUUCUCUCCGGUGGGAACCCGUACCACGAUGUCGAUAACGGGGAUACGAUUGAGUACUCUGGCACCGAAGGCCGCAACGCCACGCCUACGGAGAAUACCGCUCAUUUGAUCAAAUCCGCCGAGUUACUCAACCCCAUUCGCGUCAUUCGGUCUGCUCAGCUCAACAAGAAGAAUCCGUACCGCCCGGAACUGGGGCUCAGGUACGAUGGGCUUUACAUAGUCAGGGGGUAUACGUGCGUGGAUAGGGAGAAGGCUAUGUAUAGGUUUAGGCUGGAGAGGUGUGAGGGGCAGGAGGGGAUUCGCUGGCAGGGGAAGGGGAAGCGGCCGACGGAGUAUGAGUGUAGGGAGUUUAGGCGGUUGAAGGAUAAGGGUGUUGGUGUUGGUUGGUAG